AUGAAUUCUGGAAAACAGUUUUAUGUACCUGUUCAACGAUGGUUUGCACGAGAUCAAGAGGAUGGGGAAAUCUGUCGAGAAUUUCCUGUUUUAAGUAAAGGACAACCCAUCCUUCCAGUGACAAUAUAUGAAGUGAAUGUGGCAACCGGUGAGCUAUGGAAUGCUGGAACAGUAGCAAAUGUCUACAUUUCUAUCCAUGGGGAAAAGGGAGAUACAGGAUCCAGACAACUAUUUAGAUCGAAGAGCUCCUUCAAUUUUUUAAGAGGCCAAACUGACACCUUUUUCCUGGAGGCUGUGCACCUUGGAGAUUUGUGUAAGAUUGUGAUAGGCCAUGAUGGACUUGGCCCAGGAAAUGGCUGGUUUCUUGAUGAUGUUGUUAUCAAGGAUCCCACAACAAAUUACGAAUAUGUGUUCUUCUGUCACAGAUGGCUAGAUCAGGGGGAAGAUGAUUGUAAAAUUGUCAGAGAACUGUAUGCCAGGGAUAACAGUAUCUUCUCUGCAAGUAGGUAUCAUGUAUACACAUUUCCUGGAAAGCUAUUUUAUGAUGACUGGAGAAAGCAUGACACUCUGAAAUUAAUGCCUUCUCUUUCCUUUAUCUUCUCAGGGCAGAAGCUGGAACUUAAGAGAAAAGAAACAUGGACUGCAGAAAGCUGGAAGUUUACAAAAGGAAAUACUCUUCAGUUCUAUAACAAGCUGACUGGAGGGUUUGUCCGUUUGCAUCCAGAUGGCACAGUUGAUGCCAUUGGAGAGAAGACAGACAAAUAUGGUGUCUUUGAUGUUAUUUUCAAUGAAAGAAAUAUAUGCAUUUUCCAAAGUCAUGAGAUAAGGCAUCUUUCUCUUGCUCUUGACAAUGGCAUUGUCACUGGAAUGGUGUCCCUACCUGUCAUCGAGAAGGGCGUCCUGCUGGUCUACCUGAUGUUUCUGGAGAAGGCGGGGUGUGGAGUAGUACUCUGUUCGGCCCUGGCCAAUGCUGAUGGAGUUAAGACCAGAACUACGAGCUGCGUGACUCUGGAGGCUUGGAGGAGCGAGUGGGGUAAUGCGGCGAAGAGGAAGGAACAAGGAUGUUCCCUGCACAGGGAUCUUGCACACUCCACACCUGGCUGCCGCAGAUGUCCAGCCCUUACUGACAAAGCAGGCGGCACUUGCCGGAUUUCCCGCUUGAGCCUGUCUCACACCCUGGGCUGCCUGCCUGGCCCACCCAGCCCCUGGCGUUCCCUGGGCCCUCUGCCCCGAGACUUCUCCAAGCCUUGUCUCAGCCAGUCUCUGGAAGGGCACCCUGCCCUGCUGCCUGAGGGGCUGAUGGUCUUGUUGGGUCAGUUCCUGAAGGAGAAGAACCCCCUCUUCCUUCUGGUAGAUCCCCUAGUCCCUACCCCCAUGCGGGGCACAAAGGCCCAGGAUGCCUUUGUUAGCACAGGGAUGCCCUGGCCGGCCAGGGACAUGGAGCGUCGUCCACAGGACACUGACUGCCGACCCCGCACUGUCCUCUUGCUGCCUAGCUCAGCACUAACUGGGGUGCUUUCUUCUUUCUUCUCAGGGCUAUGCACAGCAUAG